CCUUACUCUCUGUAUUCUCCACUCUCUUUUCCCUCCAUCAUCUGCAACUCUGCAUCUGCAGAAAAGACGAAGAUUAGUAAACAAAACAAAAAGGAGUGGAAAUGAUGUUAUCUCUAACUCUCACCCUCCCGCAGCCUUCCUCUUCUCUUCGCAGGGAUUCGUUUCCCUUUUGCUCUCCCCACUUGACUUCAUCCCAUUCUCAGAGUAAUAAACUUUGCUCUCUCUUCAACACCACUCAUCAAUCAAAUAACCCUCUUUUUCAUCCCCUCAGAUUCUCACCUAAGCUUCAACAAUUGAAGACUAACAAGCGUGGAUCUGGGGCCGUUUGUUACGCUGCUCCUCUCAGCCCUCGAACCCUACAAUGGGUCUGCACCGUCGCCUCCGCGAUUCUAGCAGUUUCCAGGGGCACUGCAGUUCAAAAGUCAUUUCUUGUUCCUUUGUUUGCUCUACAAGCACCUUCAAGCAUAGUUUCAUGGAUCAAGAGUGAAUAUGGUAAUUGGAUUGCAUUCUUGGCUCUUCUUGUUCGCCUUUUCUUCUUUAUCCCUGGUGAACUUGAACUUCCUUUCAUGGCAUUGCUACUUAUGAUUGUGGCUCCUCUCCAAGUAAUGAACCUAAGAGGAACACAAGAGGGUGCAAUUGCUUCUUUAGUGAUUGCAGCAUACUUGGCUUACCAACAUUUCUCACGGGCUGGUAGCUUGCAAAGUGCAUUUGACCAAGGAUCAAUUAUUGCCACCUUAGCCGUCAUCUGCAUCACUGUUGUCCCAUGUUUGCUUUUAAUCUGAUCUUAAUCUGAUAAUCUGAUGUCAAAUGUGAUACCUAGUGUACCAGGUAUGUAUAUGAGAAUCAAGAGAGAGAAAAAACAUACGGCCAUUUUCUGUAUCUUGGUUAGUUAGGUUUGUAAUUUCUCAAUAAUGAGGUGAAGCUGAAGAUAGGGAUGUAGCA